CAAGAUUUGGAUCCGUGCUUUGCUUACCUAAAGAAUCAACUGCUAGCAUUCCUUGUCAUGGCAGAAACAGCACCGGCUGCGUUCUACACCCUGCUCUGCCUCGUCGGUGGCGUCAUCGUGCUCCUAAAGUUGACGAAGGCCGUCUUCUCCCGGCGCGGCGCCGGCUUGAACCUGCCUCCUGGGCCAUGGCCGCUGCCGGUCAUCGGGAACAUGCACUGCCUGCUCGGCGCGCUGCCGCACCACGCGAUGCGGGGGCUGGCGCGGAGGUACGGCGCCGUCGUGUUCCUCCGCCUGGGGCACGUCCCCACGGUGGUGGUCUCGUCCCCGGAGGCGGCGAGGGAGGUCUUGAAGACCCACGACGCCGUCGUCUCCGACCGGCCCCUGUACGUGACCGCGGACAUCCUCACCUACGGCGGCCAGAACAUCGCCUUCGCGCCCUCCGGCAGCCGGCACUGGAAGGAGGUCCGGCGGCUCUGCGCCACGGAGCUGCUGGGCCCCAAGCGCGUGCUCUCCUUCCGCCCCAUCCGGGAGGAGGCGGCAGCGAGCCUGGUCCGGUCCGUCGCCGCGGCGUCGCCGGCCGCCGUGAACCUCAGCGAGAGGAUCAAGGUCCUGAUGAACGACAUCCUGAUGAGGUGCGCCGUCGGUGACACGUGCCCGAUGAGGGACGAGUACAUCGCGGAGCUGGACAAGGGGCUCGAGCUCAUCGCCGGGUUCAACCUCGUCGACUUGUUCCCGGGCUCGCGGCUCGCCAGGACGCUCGGCGCCGGCUCCCUGCGCGCCGCAAGGGAGGUGCACGACAGGGUCCAUCGCAUCGUGCAAGCCAUCAUCCGGGACCAUGAGAGCAAGGGGCUCAACGGCGACGGCGAGGAGGGAGGCGGUCGCCGGGACGACAUCCUCGGCGUCCUGCUACGGCUUCAGCGAGACGGUGGGCUGGAGACCGUCCUCACCACACAAGUUGUCUGCGGCGUGUUGUUCGAUGUUUUCGCUGCGGGCUCAGAGACUACUGCAACGACAACCAUAUGGGCGAUGUCUGAGCUUGUGAGGAACCCGGCCGUGAUGCAGCGAGCACAGUCAGAAGUCCGGCAACUCCUUCAGGGCAGAACAGGGGUAGCAGAGGCAGACAUCCAAGGGAGGCUCCCCUACCUCCAAAUGGUGAUCAAGGAGACACUCAGAUUGCAUCCUCCCGUGCCGCUGAUCCUUCCAAGAUCCUGUUCUGAACCGGUUGAGAUCAUGGGCUACCACGUACCUAAGGGUACAACGAUCUUCGUGAAUGUUUGGGCGAUUGGUAGGGACGACAAGUCAUGGCCGAAUGCAGACGAGUUCAAGCCUGAAAGAUUUGAGGUCGACUUCAGGGGUGCGGAUGACUUCAGAUUCCUCCCUGGUGGUGGUGGUCGAAGGAUGUGCCCCGGUUUAACAUUUGGGUUCGCUAAUAUUGAGAUAGCCCUUGCAAAUAUGCUUUACCAUUUCAAUUGGAAGUUGCUUAAUGGAGCGGAUCCCAGUGAGCUAGAUAUGACCGAAUCAUAUGGCAUCACGGCACGGCGGAAGACCCAACUCUUGUUGGAAGCUACACCAUUCGUUCCAAUAGACUAAUAAAUUAUUUUGUAAGAUUAUGUUCAUUUUGAAUGUGUUUUUUACUCUCUAAUUCAUCUACACGUUUCUUAUAUAUGUUUUUGAAUUGUAAAUUUAUAUCAUAGUGUAUUUGCGUGAGUGA